GCAAAGUCUGAUCACAUACUUUUGCAGAGACAUUCAUGAACAUAUUGAGAACGCAUAGAGAAACUUUUAAAGAAUAAACUUUAGUACCAAAAGAGUUUUUAGCACAAACUUUUCUGGAUAUUUUGAGAAAGUUCAGAACUAAUAGUACAGGCUGAUAAACACUUGGAUUAAUUGGCUUCAGUCAGUAGGCUAAGCUCAUAAGGACAACCUUGCAGUAGACCAGUAAUUGGCUUGAUAUGGCUACUAAUAUUGCUUCAGAGUCUGAUUCUCCAACUGUAAGCCAACUAUUGGGCUCACAGUCACCAACACAAUCAGAACAAGGUGACAUUUCAAUGACCUCUGGCCUCACUACAUCAGUCAAUCUGAUCCAAGAAACACAACUGGAAUCUGAAGAUGAGAGGGAGGGGGAAACUAGCAGUGUUGAUGCUAGUGCCAUACGAACUCUGAGACCACGUGCUAUUAUAUCUAAGACCCCAAAAACCAAAGGGAGACCAAAGAAGUCACUUACAACAAAGAAUGAUGUAACAGCAGUCCUUAAAGCACUAUCCACCAUGCAGUCUAGUAUAGAUACAACAAAUAAGCUGAUGCAGGGCCUACAAAAGACUAAUGCGGACUUGGUCAGUCAGCUAGCUAUGAAAACAGCACAAUGUUGCGAACUAGACAAAGAAUGCCGAGAGUUACGCUCACAGCUGUCAAAAACUCAUAGCACUGAGUCUGGAUUACCAAAGACACUGGUUAUCGGAAGCUCAAUUAUUCGAGACUUUGAUACAAAUAAACUGCAUAACACAGAAGUUGAAUGCAUUCGAGGUGGAACAGUGGACGAUGUACAUAAAUCACUGACGGACAAUAAUGCUUCAUAUGACAGGGUCAUUCUCCAAGUAGGUAGCAACGACUGCAGCAAAGAUAACACCCCAGAAGAUAUCGCUAAACAAUACCAGCUGCUUAUCAAAGGAGCCAAAAACAUUGCUAAUGAAGUAGUUGUGUCUAGUAUAUGCCCUCGCACAGAUAAACCAGCAGCCCAAGAAAAGGUUGACACUGUCAAUGCCACACUACAAGGCAUCUGCUCUGAUGAAGAUGCAAGUGUCACUUUCAUAAACAAUGACCUCUCGUUUAAGCUCCAAGACAAUUCCAUUAAUGAUGGGUUUUUACAUGGUGAUGGCCUCCACUUAUCGAAACCAGGAACAAACCGAUUGGCUAUCAAUAUGAAGCUCAAAACGAAAGGCAAGGACAUUACCAAACCGUACUAUAACCGUAACAAGAAUGCCUUCAACAAACAGAAUCAACAGAACCAAGAUAAUAAUAACAAUAAUGAUGACCUCAAUCAUGGAACCAAUGACUGGACAACAGUGAACAAGAAACAUAGAAAUAACGCUCGCCAAUCUCCCAAUAAUCAAACAGAUGCGACAACUCACGAACAAUCUAAACCUCAACAAGGACACUCCUUAAGAUGCAUCAAAUGUGGGGAGGCCAGCCACCUCACUAGCUCAUGUUGGCACCCUGCCACCGUACGUUGCCGUGGGUGCAAUCAGCUUGGACACAAAGUCUCAAGAUGUCCUGCAAACAGGAUGGUGGACCAAGGGCACCAAGAUUUCAACCGGUUCUAGAUUCUUGGUGAAGUUAUCGCCCCAUCCCCACAAUGCAAAGAUAAUGUCCCUAGAUCACACACAAAGCCUCGUAAAUUACAUAAACGUUCACGAAGGGGUGCACACAAACGCAAGAACAAUGCCAAUUUUCCUUUAAGUAUCGCAUUCAACAAUGUAGAAUACUUAGGAUUAGCAAAACAACACGAGCUUGAUAAUCUUCUGUCAAUGAAACAGUUUGACAUUGUAGGAGUGUGUGAAACAUUUUUCAAAGACUCGAAUACCCCUACUGUCAGUAAUAAGGAAUAUGAAUGGUUUGGUAAGAACAGAGUCAAUAGAUCUGGUGGUGGUGUUGGUUUUUUCAUAAAAAGAGAUAAAGUUACUAUUUUAAAAGAAAACCACUUAGAUUCACUUAAUGAUGAAUUUGAAAG